AUGAAGUCAAUGCUCUUAAGAGAUUCUGUAAAAAAAGCAUCUCAAUUUCAAAAAGCGAUUCAAAAAGAUCCAACCCAAGCUGAAAAAUUAUUGGAAGAACGCCGGCAACUGUUAGAACAAGCAAAAUCAGCGUCCGAAGAUGAUGAUUCCCAUUCUAAAGUUAACUUACAAUCUCAUUUGGAGCGCUUAAAGCGUGAUGAAAAUUUAAUGAAGAAAGUCUUAAGCAAUGGAGUUAGCUCUACUGGGCUAGAUAAUACCGAAAGUGUUAAAGCUAUGGAAAGCAUGUAUGAGCUACAAGAAGCAAACUCACUCGAUAAUUCCAUUCGAGGAACCAACGAACUACUUGAACGAGCGCUAGCCACUCGUGAAGAUUUUGAAUAUCAAAGCAGUGUUCUUCAAAACGUCUCCGAUCGUAUAAAUCAUGUGGCAUUAUCUAUACCAUUUAUAAAUCAAGUUCUACGGAAAACAAAGUCUAGGAAGCAAAGAGAUGUUAUUCUUUUUUCUAUUCUGAUAUCCGUCUUAGUCUUGCUGUUUUUCUUUUUUCACUAA